AUGGCCAUCAAGACGAUGAUCUGGUGGAGAUCAGCACACCCAUCCUUGACCAACAUCACUUCAAGCACCAGGCGACUCUCAUCGGCCCAGUCGCUCUGUACUCGAUUUCUAACGACCAUGGCCCCAUCAACGACGACCAAGAAGAAAGCCGCCACCACCAAGCGCAAAACUCAAGACCAGCCUGACGACCCGGCAUCCUCCAAGCCAGCUGCCAGCAAAAAGGCCAAAGGUCCAACAGUGCCCCUGCAUGCUCAUCUACCCAACAAUCGCAGCUUCCCCACAAAACUGGAGUUCCCGCAGAAAAAAGAUGACACCCUCAGGAUCUCGGCUUGGAAUGUCUGCGGUAUCAAUGCCUGCGAAAAAAAGGGACUGAAAACUUAUCUGGCGGCCGAGGACCCUGAUGUGAUAAUUCUCAGCGAGACUAAAAUGCAAGCCGAGCCGGAUAUCAUGCACAUCAAACACCAAUUCAGAUACCGAUAUUGGGGUGGGGAUGAAACAAAAGGAUACGCUGGAGUGGCAAUCUUAUCGAAACACAAGCCGAUCGAAGUAGUAUACGGCUUACCGACCGCCACAGACCAAUCCUCUACCAAGGGACGCAUAGUCACAUUAGAAUUCUCAAAGUUUUUUCUGAUCGGCACUUAUACACCUAACGCAGGCGAUAAUCUCAAGUUCAUGGAUCGCAAGAAGGAAUGGAAUGCCGCGUUUGAGAAAUACCUGCGCGAGUUGGACGCCAAGAAACCGGUCGUCUGGGGAGGUGAUAUCAAUUGUGCACUAUCGGAAAAAGAUAUCCGAAAUGCGGCGAGCAAUUGGAACAAAACCGCCGGAUACACCCAAGAAGAGUGUGAUGGGUUGAAUAGUCAGCUCAGUCCACCUCAGGAUAGCGGGCACGAAAAAUUGGUCGAUGUUUGGAGGGAACUCAAUCCUGAUCUUGAGGGUCACUAUACUUAUUUCAGUUAUCGAUUUGGAUGUCGAGAGAAAGGGAUUGGAUGGCGAAUCGAUGCAUUCAUCGUAUCUCAACGAGUGUUUGAAAGUGUCAAAACAUGUGAGAUCCGUCAGGAAUGUUACGGUGCUUCUGACCACGUUCCAAUCGUCAUCGAAAUCGCCCUAUCCCCUUGA